AUGUCGGAGAGACCUUCGACGCCCCCGCGGGCAACGCGCUCGACGGGCAAGCCGCCUCCAUAUCCUCCCACUCCAGAGCAAGUGCGGCGAAUGGAAGAAGCUCGUCUGAAAGCCAAAGCUGCAGCGCAACAAGCGCAAGCCUCAAACCCCACACCCCCGCCCGUCGCAGGCACCAAGCGCGCAUAUUCGGCCGUCAACUCCUCAAAUACUCCCGCACAAUUGCGCAAUGCGAACGCAGCAUCGCCACCGAAGCGCGACCAGAAUGGUUUCAUCCCGCCACCAGCGAACGACCUCAUUCAACCGGCCAAGAACUUCGGACGCUCAGAAUACAUCGAAUAUGACUUCAGUAAGAUGACCGACACAAAGGGUGGUUUCCUUAGUACCAACGACGACCCACACAAUCGCGCAAUGUGGAAUGGCAAAAAGGAGGAAGAGAAGCCACCAAACAUGACCCUCGCUGAGUGGGAACGCGAGCGCAUACGCAGAAAAUUGCGAGAAAACCGCGCAGGCAUCUACGAGCCGGGCCUCUCUAUCCUCAACCAAGCCGACGGUCGCGACGAAGAAGACGCCAUCCUCAAGGCCGCGCAGGAAGUAGAUGGAGUGGAGUAUAAAGGCACAUACGGCGACGGCAAGCGCGACAUCAAGGGCAAAUGCCGUGAAUGCGGUUCUCUAGAAAUCGACUGGAAAUGGCAAGACGGAUUCGGCAUCGGCAUCUGUCACGCCUGCAAAGACAAGUAUCCCGACAAAUACAGUCUGCUCACCAAAACCGAGGCGAAGGAGGACUAUCUCCUCACGGACCCAGAACUUAAAGACGAAACUAUCCUGCCCCAUCUCGAGCGCCCCAACCCGCAUAAAUCGAAUUGGCAAAACAUGCAGCUGUUUUUGCGCAUGCAGGUUGAGCACUACGCCUUCUCGGCUGCAAAAUGGGGCUCGACCGAAGCGCUGGACGAAGAGUACGAAAAGCGGCAGAAGACCAGCAAGGCCAAGAAGGAGAAGAAGUUCAACAAGAAGCUGCAGGAGCUGAAGAAGAGGACGCGAGUGGAGGCGUAUAAGCGGGCGAGGCAGGAGGGCGGAGAUGGUGCUACCAUUGGUCAAUUUGGUCAAAAGAUCCGGGGUCUGGGGGACAUGCAUGUGCAUGAGUGGGGGAGGAGUGUGAUGGACAAGGAGACGGGAUUGAGUAAGAAAAGGUGUGAGGAGUGCGGGAUGGAGGUCGAAGAGUUGGAGUUCUAG